CAACACACACACACACACACACACACACACACACCCCACUCUCUCUCUAUUUGAACAAGAGACGGAUGAACUUUCAGCACAACCCGGAAGAUAGAACCAGGAAAAUUCCCCCAACAUUUUCCCUCAAACCAAACAUGGGUAUUUUCUCUCUCUACCUGCUCUCUCUCUUCUUCUUCGUACUCACACACCCAUCACCAGCUCUCUCUGAACCCACAGCCUCAGAGCACUCACUCCUCAUGACCAUCAAAGCCUCUCUCGACCCACACAACCUCUACCUCUCCUCUUGGUCACCCAACGCCUCCGUCGACCCAUGCGACGGCUCGUUCGAAGGCGUUGCCUGCAACGAGCUCGGCCACGUGGUCAACAUUUCACUUCAGGGCAAGGGUCUCUCCGGGAAAAUACCGCAGGAAAUCGGUCGGCUAGAGAGCUUGUCGGGGUUGUACCUGCAUUUCAAUCUGCUCUACGGAGUGGUACCUAAAGAGAUAGCGAAUCUGCGUGAACUGUCUGAUUUGUAUCUUAAUGUGAAUAAUCUGUCUGGGGAGGUUCCUCCUGAGAUUGCAAAUAUGUCUAAUCUUCAAGUUCUACAGCUAUGUUACAACAAGUUUACUGGAAGCAUACCUACACAGCUGGGGUCUUUGAAAAAACUUGGUGUUCUUGCUUUGCAAUAUAAUCAAUUAACUGGUGCAAUUCCUGCAAGUUUGGGGGAUUUGGAGAUGUUAAAAAGGUUGGAUUUGAGCUUUAAUCGUCUUUUUGGUUCGAUUCCAGUAAAGUUAGCUGACCCACCGAUGCUAGAAAUUCUAGACAUCAGAAACAAUACACUUUCCGGCAAUGUCCCUCCAGCUCUGAAGAGAUUGAAUGAAAGAUUCCAAUAUGCAAACAACAAGGGUUUAUGUGGAGUUGAUUUUUCUUCCUUGGAAGUUUGCACUGAUGAUGAUAAUACAAACCCAGACAAACCAGAACCAUUUGGGCCUGGCUUGAAUGGUCGGACUACAAAAAAUAUUCCAGAGUCGGCAAAUUUCCAACCAAAUUGCACCCAAACAAACUGUUCAAAUCGGUCAAAACCCCCACAAAUUGCUUUAAUUUGUGUAGCAGUUGGGGUAAUUGUUGCGUUGACAGUAACUGGACUUCUCACAUUUUCAUGGUACCGUCGCCGGAAGCAGAAAAUUGGGAGUGCUUUUGAUACUUCUAAUGGUCGACUGAGUACUGACCAACUCAAGGAGGUUUACAAAAAGAGUGCCUCUCCCCUCAUCAAUCUGGAGUAUUCCAAUGGUUGGGAUCCGAUGGCUAAAGGUCGGAGCGGAGAUGGGUUUUCUCAGGAAGUUUUCGAGAGCUUUAUGUUCAAUGUGGAAGAUGUAGAGUCUGCAACUCAAUACUUCUCGGAAGUGAACUUGUUGGGCAAGAGUAGUUUCUCAGCUAUCUACAAAGGGAUAUUGAGGGACGGGUCUGUUGUUGCUGUUAAAUGCAUUGCCAAGACUAGCUGUAAGUCUGAUGAGGCCGACUUCUUGAAGGGAUUGAAGGUGUUGAUCUCAUUGAAACAUGAAAAUCUUGUUAGGUUGAGAGGCUUUUGUUGUUCAAAAGGCAGGGGAGAGUGUUUUCUCAUCUAUGAUUUUGUCCCAAAUGGAAACUUGUUGCAAUAUCUUGAUGUUAAAGAUGGCAAAGGGAAAGGUCUUGAGUGGUCUACGAGAACUUCUAUAAUCAAAGGCAUUGCCAAAGGUAUUGAGUAUCUGCAUGGAAACAAAGGAAACAAACCUGCUCUAGUUCACCAAAAUAUAUCAGCAGAGAAAGUGCUCAUUGACCAACGGUACAACCCAUUGCUCUCCGAUUCAGGACUUCAAAAACUUCUUGUGAAUGACAUUGUCUUCUCCACGGUAAAAACUAGUGCCGCAAUGGGAUACCUGGCACCUGAGUACACCACCACUGGCCGGUUCACUGAAAAGAGCGAUAUAUUUGCAUUCGGUAUGAUCAUAUUUCAAAUCCUCUGUGGAAAACGCAGAAUCUCACCGUUGACUCGCCAAGGAGCCGAGUCAGGCAGAUUUGAAGAUUUUAUUGAUCCAAAACUUGAGGCAAACUUUUCAGAAUCCGAGGCAGCCAAGCUGGGGAAAAUUGCUCUACUUUGCACUCAUGAAUCUCCUAACCAGAGGCCGGCCAUUGAAAUGCUGAUGCAAGAACUAAGUGAUUUACGUAGCAAUUCUUGAUUUCUAUUCGGAGGAGUUCUUGCCUCAAAUUUUCUAAUGAUAAGCUGCCGUUACUAACUUCCUACUGAUGUUAAAGCUUUCUCUAGGUUACUAACGUCGUUAUAUGCCUUGUCCUUUCUCAAGGACUGAAGUUCUUAAUGUUAAUGCCCCCUUGGGGGAAACUUUGCCUUUGAUUAUUUGUAUUAGCGAAAUAUGGCAAUGUAGCAAGAUAGUUUUAACUCCAACUCACUGGACGAAGUUGUAGUUUGUAAUUUCUAUUUGUAGUAGAUCCAAAGUUAAAAAAAUUCCUCUCUCUAGACUCUAUUCUUGUUGAGAACAUGGCUAGAAAAGAAAUAAAAAUGC